AUGCGAUGCGCGAGCAAGGCCUCCGAGAGCGCGUCCGCACGUCUCUGUGCGGACGCCGAAGCAGAAACAACAGCAACUGAUGUCUCAUCGGUUGCUGAAGCGACUCAGUCUGUGUCACUUGGUGAUGCAGGCGCUGGUCAUGAAGACACUCAUGUCUUCACAGAGUAUGAGCUCGGAGUCUCAUACUCUCCUGAUACGGAAGACGGAUCCGUAUCGACGGCGAUUGAAUCUAAGCCGCCUGCCAAGCGUGGCAUGGACGAUGCUUUGCGUCGCAGCAUCUUUGGUUCAUCUGAUGAGUCAGAUGAACCAUCGCCGAAGCGAAGGCGCUCGAGGUCGCAAGACUCGGGCGCUCACAGUGGUGUCGGUUCUCCUAUUGACACCACUUCGCAACGAGGUACCAGUCCUUCUGUCGGCACGUCGCAGGAAGAGCGGAACCGCAGUGUGUUGCGUCUCGCUCCUGAAAAGAAAGCAUGGCUGCCUCCAAAUUCGGUCAUGGAUCGCUUGUCGGCGACGACAAGUGAUCGCUAUCGAACACGAUUGUUCGAUUCAUCAAGGAUCCAUUACCUUGACCCCAGUGCGAAAAACUAUCGCGCUGAGAAUGAUUCCUUCAUCGAUGCUCUGUUUAGACAUCGAUGGUAG